AUCACAUAAAGCACAUAAAGAAAGAAUAAAAGAAAGUAGGUGGUUACACGUACAAUCGAAUAAGUGGUGAUGGUGUUAGAAAAAAUAGGAAUUCAUCUGUGUGAUGCUUUUAAAAUCUUUUUGUUUCACUUAUAUAAGUUGUUAUUAUUUUGUACACAUCUUUGUGGAGGUCAAAGUCAAAGUUUCUUCGCAGUAGUAGUGUCUGUAUAUCAAUGUCAAUAUGAAGAUCACGUUGCUUUAUUUUUUCAAAUAGUUCUACUCUAGCUAAACGAUAGUUGGAACACAUCUUUGGAACAAAAAGAACUUGGUUUUGUUCCUACGUCGACAGCCGUUUCUGAUUGUGUACGGUUACAAGAUGCAUCAAAUUCAAGAUAUCAUAUUGAUAUUCUAAAAUCACCGGAAUUUGGCCUAUUACCUAAAGAUCAUAUUGAUAAACGUUUUACAAUGGCAAACAUUUGUGAUUUGUCAGAUCUUAGUGAUUUACUCCAGUUAAUUGUUUUUAAUAAUUUCACUCGUGAUUACUGCAAAGAGCUGCCGAAACAUGUUCAAACAAUAUAUUUAGAAGUAUUUGAUAAUCUAUGUCUGUCUGAUGUAAAAGACACUCCCGUAACAGAUCAAUUAACGUCAUUAUUAACAUCUUAUCAAGAAUCAAAAUCAGAAAAGGGAAAAGAAAUAGCGUUAUGCAUUCGAGGUAAUUACAUACUGAUGAAUUUAUGA